UGUUGGUAUCGGACGUGCAGAUUGAUGGACAAGAGGAAACACAAUCACAGCAGCAGGCAAGAAUGUCUGCGUCCUCUGCCACACGGGAGCUAGACGAGCUGAUGGCGUCCUUGUCAGACUUCAAAGUCCAAAGCAAUUCUGGCUCUCAAGUGUCAAUGAACCAGGAAGUGGUUGACCCCUCAUAUCCUGCCAGCUCACCAAUCAUAACCCUCGACACUCAGCCCUCGAUUCCUCACGUUGACUCUUCUGUGGAUGUCGAUCCCCUAUCUAGUUCCACCACACCCUCUUGUACUCCUCUUCCACUGGAACUCCACAUAGACGAAGACGGCUGUUCAACCCCGACCUUUACCGCUAGCUCCACUGUCACGGUUAUAUCGUCUAAAAAACAAGGCGGUGGCAUUGUCACCUCUGAAAUUGCUCGUUUGGAGAGCUUGAGUGUUGCGAGUAGCCCAAAGCAACCCGUCGGAAGUGAAGUCGGUAGCUCAUCCGGUCCAUCAGUCACUGAAGCCUCCACUAGUAAAGUCUCAAGUUUACUGGGAUCCAAUUCAAGUAGUUUCAAUUCAGAUCCCGCUUCCUCGAAAUCCCAUACCAAGUUCACUUAGUUUGGCCAGUCCUAAUCCGAGUCUUAGCCCCACCCCGAAAGAUGACAGUCCAGCACCUGCACACCUUAGCCAAGAUAGUAUAGCCCAACAGGAUCAAUGUGCAGUCACACCAACAACUCCAGAAUCGUUGCCAAUGUCUUCUAGCCUAGUAACCGCUCCAAAACUCUCAGGUCAGAUUUCAAGUAGUGUUCCCAAGAGUCCGGUGUUAAUUCCAAAGCUCGCAUGUCCCUCUAGCACACAAACUGAUUCACAGCCAGUAACACGUUCAAAGAUUUCAAGUCCAGCAACGAUUCGAAAAAGUGAAGGCACAACUCCAAAGAGUCCCGCUUUGGUCAUCAAAAAGACCUACACGGUUGCAGACACGAGUAUUAGUCCCAGACAUUCACCGGUUUCACCUUCUGCUGUACCGUCAACUAGCCCGCCGUCUUCCCCUCCAACCAAAAAUGAAAUCCUGAACUUAACAUGGCCCUGCCGGGAGCCUGAGUUGGAUAAUGCCUUGGAUCAACUUUUAGCACCCGACUUCACUCAAGCGGAUGAAAACCAAGCAUUCGGGUCUCUGGAGUACAGACCAUGGGACGAAGACUAUGGCACAUACCCAGAUGUGAGCCGAGAGGGGACCCUGACACCCACGACCGAAGCCAGUUGGAUUGAUGAGUGUUUCACCCCCUCCACCUGCCCGGGGACACCGGAUGCAACGCUGGAUCUGCCGACACAGCAGCCAUCUGCCAUUGAGCGCUUAUCAGCUUCUGGCCAACUCAAGUCGGUUAUACGUCGCACAAAAGAGACCCCCAACGUGCAUCCCAUGUACAAGGACGGAGUAGUGCGGCGUAAAAUGGGACCGGUUAUCGUGAAUAAGAGUCAGUCGCAAGAUCGGCUCAUUGAGGAGCUCCAGGGGAAACUGGGAAUCGGCCGCCUGGAACGUCGGCGUAAACGGCAGCCGGACGACUGGCUGACGGAAGGCGUCAUCGUGAUGUCAAACCCGCAGCGAAUACGUGAGGAAAGGGCCCUGCCGCCUGUGGAUAAGAUCAUCAUCCCUCCUGAGUCUCCUGUCCCCCAGAGAAAAGUCCUCUCCCCUCUGAAGUCCCCGCCAGCCCCCAAAAAGAUUCCCCCUGUAAAACAGACACCACCGCCACUACCGCUCCCUCCGCUCCCUCCGCCCCCUCCGACGCCUCCGCGCCCCCGGGACCCUAGCCCACCACCUCCCAAGGAGCCAAUUCCUCCCCCAAGGGAGCCCACACCACCCCCUGUGCAGCUCCCUCCGUCACCAAGCCCCCCACCCAAGCCCAUGACACCACCUCCUCCCCCCAAGGUCUUUGUAUCGGUGUCCUGUCAGACUGACUAUGACGCCGUCUUCCCACCUAUGCAGAUCCAGUCUCAGGGAAAGACGUCCCCAACCGGACCAGCCAAGCCCGCCAAUAAACUGGACAACAUGCUGGGGAGCCUGCAAUCGGAUCUGAACAGACUGGGAGUCCAGACUGUGGCUAAAGGCGUCUGUGGUGCCUGCAAGAAACCUAUAGUUGGACAGGUGGUGACUGCCAUGGGAAGAACGUGGCACCCCGAGCACUUUGUGUGCACCCACUGCCAGGAUGAGAUAGGCUCCAGGAACUUCUUUGAGCGCGAGGGACAACCUUACUGCGAGAAAGACUACCACAGUCUCUUCUCACCGCGAUGCCACUACUGCAACGGGCCCAUACUGGAUAAAGUGGUGACUGCUUUGGACAAGACUUGGCAUCCCGAGCACUUUUUCUGUGCCCAAUGUGGAGCCUUCUUUGGACCAGAAGGGUUUCACGAGAAGGACGGAAAGGCCUUCUGCAGGAAGGACUACUUUGACACGUUUGCUCCGAAAUGUGGAGGCUGUGCCCGGGCCAUUUUGGACAACUACAUCUCAGCACUCAACUCACUCUGGCAUCCCGAAUGCUUUGUCUGCAGGGAGUGCUUCACGCCGUUCAUAAACGGCAGCUUCUUCGACCACGAGGGUCAGCCGUACUGCGAGGCGCACUACCACGAGCAGCGCGGCUCGCUGUGCUCGGGCUGCCUGAAGGCCAUCACGGGCCGCUGCAUCACAGCAAUGGGCAAGAAAUUUCACCCGGAACAUUUUGCGUGUGCCUUCUGCCUCAAGCAGCUCAACAAGGGCACCUUCAAGGAGCAGAAUGAUAAGCCCUACUGCCACGGUUGCUUUAUUAAACUUUUCAGCUAGACUGCGCACAUUCCCUUGCUGGUCUAAAGGCACACGGUUUUUCCGUACCACUGCGACGGGGUCUGUCACUUUUGACACCUAAGGGAUUGAUUUUCUUGCCUGUCCCAAAACUCUCAGGCUUUUGCUUAUGGUGUUUUAUCAGCCAGCCCAAAGAGAUUUUUUUUAAGUAUUAAUCCUGUCAAGCAACAAAAGAACACAAAUGAUCUCUUAUGUGAAUUUCUGUACAGUAGAUUUGAAGCCACACACUCCGCCUGUGUUCAAAUAGUCUUGAAGGUUUGAGUCAGCUGUUUGACUGAAUGGAGCGCAGAAAUCAGUUUAGGCAUUGGUGUGGCCAAUUAGUGUGAACAAUAUUCACAAACCUCCAAGCAGUUGUUGUCUUUGUGCUCUCCAAGCAGAUCUCUUGAUGAGACUCUCACAAUUGUCGCAUAGUGAAUUUUACAAUGUAGUGUGGCUUUUAUUUUUCUACUCUCCACUUACUGUACGUAUAUCGAAGAAAAAGAUCAGAUCUUGACUGGCUCCAGGUGCUUAGGUACCUUUUUACCCUAUCGAAUCUUUCUAUUCUGCCGUUCAAGUAGAAAUAGGCACGCUUAGUGAUGUUUGACUUUUGGUGCAUUUUGUAAAAAAACAAAACAAAUGCAGAUAUUUUAAAUCUGUAUUCAUGCACAAUUUAUGGAAUUACAACUAAUGGACAAAUAAUGCAUCAGUUCAUUUGUUCCUAUUUUUACAAUUGUGAAUUUCUCACUGUAUUGAAUACAAAAACAAAAAUGGUAUGCUAGCGCAUGCUACUGUCAUUUACAUCGUUUUAUAAGCACUAAUGGCCAGCUGGCUUCACAAUCUGAAUCGACAGUAAAUUUAUAUCCUCUCGACCAUUUGACAAAACUGUGUUUUGUUGAUGUUUUGAUGAAAAUCUAUAUUUGUAAGUCACAUUGCUGUGGCGAGAGCUGGCUCUACUGGCAUGCAGGCUGGCGGUAGUCCAGCCUGUUCUCUGCCAUGCGCACACUUUUACCAGCCUGUGGUAAACCACAAAAGUCAAUCUAUGAUGUUGCUUCAAUUGCCAAAUGGUAGCAGUUUAUUGUGAGCCUCAUGUAUUCAGACAUGCCUUUGUUUGACUCAAGAUGCCGCUUGCUUGUUUUUCCCCCCUCAUUGAGUAUGCAAGGUGUUUCAUAUGUUUUCUUAUUGUAAGGUGGAGGAUGCAACGUGCCAAAUAUGUCAAUGCAAUAUGGUCGAAUACACUGUGUGGUCUUUCCUGUGAGUUGAGCCUUUCUGGUGUGAAUUCAAGAAGACUUUUGUCUGCUGUGCUGCAUCAACUUUCUAAACGUGCACAAGCACACUGUAGUAGGAGAUCAGCAAAGGAGAGAAAUAUGGGAAAGACCCUCUGAGCAUUUGAGCUGACGGUGACUGUACACAUCCUGCUGAUUUAAAAGUUCACAGCUUUUGGAAUUGUGUUUUCUCUUGGCCUGUUUGCAUACAAAUACUCACAGGAAUUGAUUUUUAUUUUUCUCAAAGUUACCUCUUAGUUUCUGCCUGUCAAGGAAGACAAACCUUCCUUUUUUAAGUGAGAUAAAACAAUAUAUCAAAGAGAUUUUGUGAUCUUUUGGAAUUUUAUUUUCUAAGGAGCUUUGGCUUGCUUGGGUGCUAUGUAAGUUUAUGAUUACAAAUUGACUGAUCCAACCAACUCAAAUAAAAUCUGCUGUUUAUUUCUAGCAAA